UGCAUAAAAAUAAAAACAAAAAGUUCAGGUACUUAAAUAAAUCAUACUCUUGUUGUUUUCAAACUUCGAGGGAAUUCUUUAAGGCACUGGUUUUAACACCUGUUACCCUUUCUAGAGAGCAUAUUUAUUCAGAUUGGUUCAAGAAAGAUAUGGGGCGGAGCUUUGUAAUUUGAUUGGUUCAAGUGAUAUAAACCUUUCUGAAAUCACGCUCUGUGAUUGGCAGAGACUAAAUAUGAUUUCUUAAGAAUCAAACGUGGAUAUGGUAUUUUUAUCGAAAGGAGGAACAUGAUUUAAAAACGAAACUCGAGAAAAUAAAGUUUCGGUUCAUUCGGCGUCCACAAAGUCACUGAAGCCACGAAUUCAUGCAUGUCCCCAGAAAAAAAAAAUCGGGUUAAAAAAUUUAAAAGCGAUAGGGGAACUGUCUAGGAAUGGUUAAGCAUCCCUGAUUUUACGAAGCUUGAAGAGUUUUAAAUUCCCAUACUUUUUUAAAAAAAAUCAUUUUACCGGUGAAAAAUGAAUGUUUGCGAAACUGGACAAGGCAACAAGGACUUGAGCAGCAAGCCUGCUGUGGAUACAACUAUCCUCAGGAUACCUAAGGAGAGGGAUAGUCUACACAAGUUCGCCAUCCGGGAGAUGCUGGGAAUCUCAGAUGACGAAACAGAACGAUCAAAACCCCAAAGCAGAAGCGAAUCAGAAGUCACCAAAUUAGAUGAAAAUUGCAACAACUUGGCAGGAAAAGAGAGAAGAUCCCCAGCAGCCACAAGCUCUCGAAACUCUUCUCCGCAAAAUGUCAGCCUGUCCAGCCCCGGUUUACCGAGCGAGCAGCAUGACAGACUAGUCAACUCUCGGACCUCUAGUAGCCCGCUGGGAUUUCCGCCUCACAUUCCAUACGAUUUCCCGUGGCCCGGUCCGUUAUUCCGUGGGAUGGCUCCUCAUUUUUCACCCUACCUUCCGUUUGGUAUGCCGAUCCCUGGAUUUACUCCAGGUUUCCCGCCAUUACAUCCUGUAACUUCAGAGCAUCAAUUUCCUUUAACGGCAUUAAGUGAUCCAUUUUUAGCAUUCAGUGCCAUGCGCCAUGCUUUCCCGCAGUCACGGUCAUUGGCCAGUGCGCAUCUUCCAUAUCCUAAACCUGUCUCAAAAUCAUUGAAAACUGAGAACAGCGAGGAAAAUGAUUCUAAGAUAAUGACUUCAGCGUUUGACCCUGUGGUUUCUAAAUACAGUAAUUUGGGAGAGAGCUCAAUGUUCGAACUCGAUUUGUCUGUCUCUGGAAAGAGAAAGGAGAGGGAUGGAGAGACAAUGCGAUACCAUUGCGAUGGAUGUACUAAAGUGUACGCUACAUUUAGUGGACUUACAAAACACAAACAGUUCCAUUGUGCCAGUCAAGUCAAAAAAGAGUUCAGUUGCAAAUACUGUGAUAAGACGUAUGUGUCUCUUGGAGCCCUGAAAAUGCAUAUUAGAACACAUACUUUGCCCUGCAAAUGCAAACUCUGCGGAAAAGCAUUUUCGCGCCCAUGGUUACUUCAAGGUCAUAUUCGAACACACACGGGAGAGAAACCUUUCAGGUGUGACCAUUGUGCACGUGCGUUUGCAGACCGCUCCAAUCUUCGCGCGCAUCUCCAAACUCAUUCCGACAUCAAAAAGUACAGUUGCAAAUCCUGCUGCAAAACAUUUUCGCGCAUGUCUCUUCUGUUAAAACAUGAAGAUGGCUGCUGUAGUAAGCCUUUAUUAGUGUAAUAUAAGUGUAAAAUUAGUGUAAUCCAGGUGUUCUUUCGGUGUCUAGUCAUUAUAAGCGGGUUUUGUGUGCAUUUUUUUGAGUGCUAAUUGGUUUUGAACUCUUAUAUUCCACUUGAUUUGUUGUAUGAUA